AGCUCGGGAGUCAUCCGCAGGAAGCAGCGCUGCUCUGGACCUCAACACACGUCCCGGACCACUGAGCCGAGGGACAAGAAGAGAAAGCAAAGAGCAGAAAGAGGAAGAAAGAAGUGUCAGACGAUGAUGACAUCUGAUCUAGGUGCUAGUUGAUCUCUCUUUUCUCUGUGACAGCGUGAAACGCGGAUCUCCAAGCGCACCCGGUGUGACUUUUUUCGCACCUUUCCACACUGGGUCUGCCCGAGUCCUGGCGUCUUUCUGGCGAUUAAAGUUCCUUUUUUAAGUGACUUACAUUUUGGAUUCUACUAUUAUGAUAUGAUUCUUCCCCCGUUUUAGCACCCACUGCCUCAUCAAGACCAGAAUUAACGGAAUAAAGAGUUCACCGCUUGAUUUCUAGCGAAGCGCACGCAGCAGCAGCAAAAGAGCGCACACACGUUACUCCGCUUGAAUCACAGUGAAAGAUCAGGAGGACAAGUGCACGGCGAGGCGGGGAAAGACCGAGAAAAAGAGGUACAGGCACCAAGCUCCGGAGGCUUGUUAAUGUUUGGGAUCCAGGAGAGCAUCCAGAGAAGCGGCAGCAGCCUGAAGGAGGAGCCGCUGGGAGGCAUGAACGCUGUCCGGGGCUGGAUGCAGGGGGGCGGCGUGCUGGACGCCAACACGGCCGCCCAAAGUGGAGUGGGUCUGGCCCGGGCUCACUUUGAGAAGCAGCCGCCCUCUAACCUGCGGAAGUCCAACUUCUUCCACUUCGUCCUGGCUCUGUACGACCGGCAGGGUCAGCCGGUGGAGAUUGAGAGGACCAACUUCGUGGACUUCAUCGAGAAAGAGAAGGAGACGAGCGGAGAGAAGACUAAUAACGGGAUUCAUUACCGGCUGCAACUUCUCUACAGUAACGGCAUCAGAACAGAGCAGGACUUUUAUGUUCGACUCAUAGACUCCAUGACUAAACAGGCAAUUGUUUAUGAAGGCCAAGACAAGAACCCAGAGAUGUGCAGAGUGCUGCUGACACAUGAGAUCAUGUGCAGUCGGUGCUGUGACAAGAAGAGCUGUGGAAACCGUAAUGAGACACCCUCAGACCCUGUUAUCAUCGACAGGUUCUUCCUCAAGUUUUUUCUCAAGUGCAACCAGAACUGUUUAAAGAACGCAGGAAACCCACGGGACAUGAGGAGGUUCCAGGUGGUGGUAUCGACUACGGUGAGUGUGGAGGGACAUGUCCUGUCAGUGUCUGACAACAUGUUCGUCCACAACAACUCCAAACAUGGCCGACGGGCCCGCAGGCUCGACCCUGUGGAAGGAACACCGUCUUACCUAGAACACGGAGCAGCUCCCUGCAUUAAAGCCAUCAGCCCCAGCGAGGGGUGGACCACGGGGGGCGCUACAGUCAUCAUCAUAGGAGACAACUUCUUCGAUGGUCUCCAAGUCAUUUUCGGUACCAUGCUGGUUUGGAGCGAGCUGAUCACGCCGCAUGCCAUCCGGGUGCAGACGCCUCCCAGACACAUUCCUGGGGUCGUUGAGGUCACUCUGUCUUACAAGUCUAAACAGUUCUGCAAAGGGACACCAGGAAGGUUCAUAUAUACAGCACUGAACGAACCAACCAUCGACUACGGUUUCCAGAGGCUUCAGAAGGUCAUCCCUCGGCACCCUGGAGACCCUGAGAGGCUGCCAAAGGAGGUUAUUCUGAAGAGAGCAGCCGACCUGGUAGAAGCCCUCUAUGGUUUGCCCCAUAAUAACCAGGAGAUCAUCCUGAAGCGGGCGGCUGACAUUGCAGAAGCUCUCUACAGCGUUCCACGAGGACACACCCAGCUCUCCGGCUCCACCCACACCGGCAUGAUGGGGGUCAAUUCCUUCACCGGGCAGCUGUCCGUCAACGUCUCCGAACCUUCACAGGCCAAUCAGGGUUUUGUGCGCAGCAGCAGUAGUGUGUCUCCUCACGGUUACGUGCCUAGCUCCACGCCUCAACAGACCAGUUACACCUCAGUCACCAGCACCAUGAACGGCUACACUAACAACACAGGCAUGACCAACCUGGGAGGCUCGCCCACUUUCCUCAACGGCUCUGCAGCCAACUCGCCUUAUGCUAUUGUCCCAUCCAGUCCCACUAUGGCCUCCUCCACAUCCCUCCCUUCCAAUUGCUCCUCCUCUUCUGGCGUCUUCUCCUUCUCUCCAGCCAACAUGGUGUCGGCGGCCGUUAAGCAGAAGUCCGCCUUCGCUCCGGUGGUCAGGCCCUCCUCCUCCCCUCCGCCCUCAUGUACCAGCGCCAACGGCAACGGGCUCCAAGAUCAGACAUUUGUGGACUCUAGCAAGUACUCAACAGCCAGCUCUCUACAAGGCCUGGCCUUCACCUGAACAAUCCCUGGAAUGAUCGUCCCACCCAUGUAAAGGUGUGAGUACAUGACGGUAUGUGUGUGUGCGUGCGACUGUGUGCGAGAUGAACAUAGCACACUCACACCGAUCCUGGAGGAGGAUUUUGGUGCGAGUCAGACUCCGGUCGGGGAUGGAAGCAGCUGUCCCUAUCUGAAGGAACAAACCCAACUCAGGCCCUUUCUAACACAAAAACAACUGCAAGAAAACAGAUGUUUGCGAGGAAACAAAUUGUUUAGACUUUGUACACCUUGAUGCUUUUAUAGGAGAAUGGCCACGCCUAUAUCAUGACUCUCCACGGACACUGGAAGUGUAUUUAUUUUGGAGAGAAUCCACUUCCUCCCUUGAGUGAUUGUUGAUUUGUUUUAUUUUUGUGCAACAAUUAACGUGUGAUAAUCAUCUUCUAGCUGUAUCCUACAUGAGGGAUUUUCUAUUUAUGAAGUUUGGUCGUUAAUGAAGGAAUAUAAUGUGAAGAAUACCUGAUGAUGAUGAGUAAAACACGAUGAUGAUGAUGAUGAAGAAGAAGAGGCUGCAGGAUUCAUACUGGCUCAGAUCCAGCCGACACAGACAAGCCAAACCAGGCACACACUUUCAAUUCUCUUUGCCAAAUCCACACGCCACAGCACAAACCCUCAGCCUGAGAUCUCUUCCUCUGCAUUUAAUCGAUCAACUUAAAGGAUUCAGAUGCUUCCCAUCUGCGACCAGUUUUAGCCAUUCAAGAAAUCACAAUGUUUACUUUGAGUUUUCUUUAUGUACGUUCACACUGCUGCUCCUUAGUGCAGAGAACAUGCAGAGCGAAAGAAAAUUCAGUCAUUUAACAAACCAAGAAGAAAUUUAUUUCCACCAUGCAAUAUUCAAGAGAGAAAUUAGACUUGCUGCAGCGCUAAUCCAGGACAGUUUUGACGUAAAAAAGGCCAUAAAUUAAUGCAGAUCCUUCCACCACACUGGGGUGUGUGAUUACUGAAUGCCAACAGCAGCUUCACUGUUGAGGAUUUGACCCAACAACUCUGCCAAUGAGUCUGUCCAUCAGCCCUGUUACCAUAUGUUCUGUUUUAAAGUUGGACACAGCCACAGAGACCUCUGUAAGAGGGAAAACAUGUCUUAAAGACUGCUGCCAUUUUGACUUUGAGUUUGUUGUGAGAUUUGCUUUCUCAUGUUUUUGUCUUAACAGGUAAAUUCUUAUUUUGUUUGCUGUGAUUUUAAAUGUUCGUUUAGAUUUUUACUGCGAUUAGAGAGCCAAUCAGAUUGAUUUUGUUAUCUGCCCACUGAUCUGGUUCAGCUGAACAAUUUCAGUGAGAAAACAAGCCAAUGGUGUGUCUUAAAUGCUGCACUGCAAGAAUUGUCAAGACAUUAUAGUAUAGAAGUCCUAUAAAUUUGUGAAAAAUCUUUCACCAAGGUACACUUUUUUCAAAUCUGCACUUGCGUUCAUCUAAUUUUUACAGUGCACCGGUAUUUAAACCAAAUUUGCAUCCAAUUUUUCUGCCUAUUUUCUUAAAAAGUAAAGUAUGAAGUAUGAAUCUUCAUGUUUCAACAAAGACAGUUUUUGCAGUGCAGAACAACUGGCCAGCAACAUGUCUUAAAUGCGUGGUGUGUGAAAACUCCCUGAUGGUUUGUUGUGGAAGUCACUGCUCCUUCAACCCUGCAGUGCGUGUGGUUCAAAAUAGUCUUAAUGAAUUUAAUUUAUGUUCUGUUAAUUUUGCCAAAGCCCCGUAUUUGAGACAUUAUUUCCUAAACAGUCUUAUGCCACAGUUUCAUCGUCUUGUCACACAGUCAGAAACAGUUAGCCAAUAAUGCUAUGUUAUGUACAACUGUCAGUGAGCAUCAUUUUCAGACCUGCAGCAGGUAGUGUUCAUGAAUCCAUCUUUAGUGUUUGUUUGUCAUUCAUUUCAGUGACAUUUGCCACAAAUACAAAUUAUUUGAAAGUGAAUUUUGAGGCUUAACUGGUCAGGGAACGCAACUAGCAUCAUGAGCUAACGCAGUAAAUUCUUUCUAUUUCAUAAACAGGAGUAAUUUGUAACUGCUGUCUGAGAUCUGGGCCUCCAGCUGCCUGGGUGUUACAACUCAGAAAGCAGAAGAAAAUAUUUAACAUUAUUCAGUUUUUAUAUUUAAACUAAAUGAACAAAAGACACCUCCACAGCCAGAAGCAGUAGCCUCAGAAACUAAGACUGAAGGUCUAUCAGCAAACCAGAAAUUGAGAUGAAAGAACGGGGACAUUAUCAAGAACACGAAAAAUGCCAGAAACCAACUGAAACCCUGAAAAAAAUCUUGAAAAAUCACAUCCAGAAAUAUGUUCACGUGUUCUCAUCUGCUUUGUCUCUCAUGUCUAACGAUUUGAAUGUUAUUAAGACUAUUUGUUUUUGUAUUAUAGUGUCUGUUUAUUAAAAGCCAUACUUCCACUGCUCAUUUCAAUCGAACUAAAAGAAGCCAUUGUGUAUUUUUUUUUAUCAUUUGUAAGUUAAGAGAGCAGGAGGAUGUUUUUCAUUUCAUCACAAUGUUGUUUGUAUUACUAUUGUUAAAGUUAGCAUAAUUUUGUUGCAUUAUCUAGGUGUAGAGUUUACAAAUAUGUCAGUAUGAUUAUCUGUGUCUUUGUCUUCCAUGUGAUGGACAUUAAGAUGGAAUAAUGAAGGCUGAAAGAGAUGGAAGAAAAAAAUCUCUUCCUCUCCCCUUUCUCCUGCAGCCGCUUCUCCUGCCCCAGUCAGGUUUUCUGUCCUCUCUCUGCUCCCUUCCUCUGUUCAUUUCCCUCCCCCACCUUGUUUUGAUUGUGCUAUUAAUACUCUGUGUGUUUGCCUUCUUUUUUUCCCCUUUCUUUCACUUUUCCUUUAAAAAUGAGCCACCUAUUUAUUUUAUCUCAAACAUGGGUCUGGAGACCACUCUUUUGUUUGUGUCUACAUGUGAGAGUGUCUGCAAGUGUGUGUGUUUGAGAGUGAGUGUCAUCAUUUUUCCUCUAAAAGAAAAACGUGAUGUUUUAAAGCUGAGGGGUGUUUUUUUUUUCCAUAGUAGAUAUAUAAAUACCUGUUUAGGAAGAAAUGAAAAGAGGGUUUGGUUUAAGGAAGUAUGAUGAAGCACUUGUCCAACAACAGCUAUAACAUUUAUCACGGCUUGUCUGCAUCCAGGCUAACACUGGUGGUCAUCAUUCACACGCACAUUGUAAGCAGUGUCAGUGUGGAGGGGAAGAGUACAGAGGAAACUACUGUAAAGAUGAUAAUGUUGAUUUUUUUUUUUUUUUUUUUGAACUUUGAAGUGUAAAAUAACUUUUUGACUCUUCACUAUAUUUAAUUAAAGUUCUUUCUUCUCUG